CCCGCAACGCGCAUUUUCCUUCCCCUCUCUUCCGUUCUCUCCUCUCUGGAGAGAAACCUCCCCUUCGCGCCUCUAAGCCAGGCCUUCAGUCUCUGCCACCAUUAUCAUCAGUCAUCACUGUUAUUCUCCUUUCUGUUCCUGUUAGGGUAUUCAACGGAAAGCAAGAGCAGAAUCUGGAAUGAUGGAGUGCAUUGUCGAGCCGCAGAUUUCAGCCCAUGGAAUUUCUCAUCUAGAUGACGGCUCUCUUUCUGAGACAGGAUAUGGCCGUUACGGGUGUUCACACUAUAGAAGGAGAUGCAAGAUAGUAGCACCUUGUUGCAAUGAAGUCUUUGAUUGCAGACAUUGCCAUAAUGAAUCCAAGAAUUCGAUUGAAUUGGACCCUGUUGAUCGCCACGACCUUCCUCGUCACGAUUUAAAGAGAGUUAUCUGUUCCUUGUGUAGCACCGAGCAAGAUGUUCAGCAGAUGUGCAUUCAGUGCGGUGUUUGCAUGGGGAAGUACUUCUGCUCCAAGUGCAAGUUUUUUGAUGAUGAUGUAUCGAAGAAUCAGUACCAUUGCAAUGAAUGUGGCAUCUGCAGAAUUGGAGGCAAGGAGAAUUUUUUCCACUGCAACAAAUGCGGAUGUUGCUAUUCGACAUUGUUGAAAGAUUCACACCGUUGCGUGGAAAAAGCUAUGCAUCACGAUUGUCCGGUUUGCUUUGAGUUUCUUUUUGAUACCACAAAAGACAUUACUGUAUUGCCGUGUGGUCACUCUAUUCAUCUGGAAUGUGUGAAAGAAAUGGGGAGGCAUUUCCAGUAUUCUUGUCCUGUUUGCUCAAAAUCUAUCUGUGACAUGUCCCGUGUGUGGGAGAGACUGGAUCAUGAGGUUGCAUCGACACCUAUGCCAGAAAUAUAUCAAAAUAAGAUGGUUUGGAUUCUGUGCAAUGAUUGUGGGGAAACAUCGGAGGUGACCUUUCACGUUUUGGCGCAUAAGUGUAUAAAAUGCAAAUCCUACAACACCAGACAGACGCAAGGUGGACCUGCAUCGUGCUCAUCCAACAUUGAAGAAGUGCGUCAAUGAUUAGCUAACGAUCAGGUUGCUCAUUUGCAAUAGUUUAGGGUUGUUAUGUUUACUGUGACUCCUAUAGCCAUGAUUUACUUCUUAAAGUAGUUGGACUGAAGCUACGUACGCUCGCUAACUAGAUUUCCAUGAUCAUGUUACUUGACUGUAACUUUAAAUAGAGUUUUUUAAACGAUUUUCUUUUUAAUUUGCUAA